GGAUAAAACUGUCAUUUCAAUUUCAUUAAUUUUGUGGAUUCCAUCGACUUCCUUUUGUUAUUUGCUCUGUUCUUUUAUCUCUGUAUCGAAUCUCAAUUUAAAUUUUACUUUUAUUCCAAACAUUAUCUUCUCCAUGAAUGCGAUAUUAUUGUAUAUUUCUUUUUGUUCUUUCCAAUUGAUCUUUAUAUCAAAGUUGACACUAAUUUACACUUUUAAUUGGUUUUCCAUUCUUGUCUGAAUUGGUUAUCUCACUGUUCUAUAGCUUAAUUAAUUGACUGAAAUUCCCAUUCGGAACAGACGUUUCUCUGGCCUUCUACCAAGUUUGUGGGCCUCUGGUGUCACUGCAGUACGAAAGUAGUCUCAUUAAGGCCUUUUACAUCGCUCUUUUGCCCUGCCAAUCAGAAAAUGCUCGGAAGAAAUGCCACCUCCUUUGACGUUUCUUAGUAUAUCAAAUCAACCACCAGAGUCUCAGCUAGUGAUGGCUCAACAAGACGAUGGGUGGCCUUUGGGAUUAAGACUGCUAAAUGCUAGAGUUGGAUUGCUGGAAAAUCGAGACUUUCCUGGAUCAAUCUCCUUCAACACUUUGCCUACUGGAUCUCCCAUCUCCUUCACGGACUCUUCAGAUCUUGAUUCUGAGUCAAGUGGGUCGUUCUUCCAUGCUAAAAGCAUUACUCUGGGUAGUCUAAUCGGUGGUUCUACUCCUAGGAUCAUGGAACUCUCGAGAAGAUCAUCAAGAGGAGGAAGCACAGAAGCCAGCCUAGGAUUAGACAGAAAGAUCAAUAACUACUUCAAGUUCAAGUCCAAGCCAUGGUUAUUUUCCCUGUGCUGCAAACUGAGCACUGACGCCGUCAUUGCCACUAGAACUCGCUCGCUGGCUCACUUUCUAGAAGUGGAGAGGAGGCGAACCGCCGCUGCGGCGGCCUCCCACCCUCCGCCAAUUGCCGAAAGAACCAACAAUAUGUUAACCAGUUGAAACAAUGGUUUCAUUAGCCAAUGGCAAAGUUGGUCCUCAACAAGUAGGAAGAGGCCAAGGAGAGUGGUUAAUUGAUGGGAAUGGGGUUCUUGGUGUUGUUUUCAUCUUGCCUUCAGACAAAUUAUUAGGCUGCCACUCAUAAUACCGUUAAAUGUGCCAGUAGUGAGUUGCUUUUCUUGGGUCUUCAUCAGCUGUUUUGAGAUUUGACUCUUAUCUCUAAAUCAGGUACUCGAGAACCCUUUACUUUAAAAUUGCUUGUUACCUUUUUUUUCUUUCUUUCUUUCUUUUUUUUUACACAUUGUGAAGCGAGAAGAUGGAACUCAAAAUUGAUAAUAUAAGUUCAUGUCAUUUGAGAUGUGACCUAUACUCAUGUUGGCUUGUUCAUUACCUCUCUUAUUUUUUACAUAUCCGGAUGGCGAAUAUUACUCUUUUGAGUUUACUUUCUGGCUUCUGUUCAUUUAA